AUGAAGUCAAUUUUCCUAACAGUCAGUUUGCUAGCAAUUGCUGCAGUCACAUUCGCAGAAGAGGUGACAGAGAAAAAGAAGGAACUCAGCGAAACUGGAGUGACUGUGCUUGAGAAACUACGUGAGCUUCGAAAAGAGCAGGAGGAACUGAUCGCCAAGAUCGAGAGCGAUACCGAUAGAGAACUUAUCACCAGCGUUUUCAAGAAGGAACUCGAAACGGCCGAUGAAACCGAAGUGGCCGCAACCCGAGUGAAGAGAGCCUCUGCUAGACGUCGUGCUAACAGACGCGCCAACCGCAGACGUUUCGCUCGCCGCCUUCGUCGCAACCAGCGCCGUGCCGCCCAGAAACGCCGCGCACACGCUCGCCGUCAUCAGAGAAAUCUCCGCCGCGCCGCCAGGAAGAUCCGUCGUAUCCAACGCCGCGGAUAG